AAUUUACAAGGGCUUUUACGAGAAGACAAAGAAGCUUAUGACGGAAGCUUUGAAUUGGGGUUAAUUCAAACCACGAUUUGAAACGCGAAGCCAAACCACAGUAACAAUUGCAGUUUGAAGUUUGAGCGGCGAGAUGGAAACCCCAAGCCCUUUAAUCGUUCAGAAGAAUUUACCCCAAUUUUACAAAACCCUAAAACCAGAAUCAACCUCAAUUUCGUCCAAAUUCGAACCCAUUGAUUUAGAGAAACCACAAUUUCACCCCUCAUCUUCUUCGCUCGGCAACAAAACGGCGGAUAAUCAUCAAAAAUUUGUAAGUGAUGUUCUAAUUUUUCAAGUAAAUGAUCGUCAUUAUGGUAAAUUCAAGAACAAAGCUAGUUCUUCUACAGCUAGAAAUGUAGUGAUUGAUUUGAACGACGACAAUUAUGGCGGUAAGGGUGGGGGUGCUGUUCUUGUUGUUGAUGAUGAUGAUGAUUGUAUUUUUGUGAAGAGAGAGAAAAGUUCUACGCCUAAGGGGAAUAAUAAGAAAGACCCAAUUUGUAUUGAGGAAUUUAAAGAAUUGAAGCCUAAAUUGGGGAAGAAUUUUUCGAUUGGUAUUCAUGAUUUUAAUUCAGUACAAUGUGUUGAUGAUUAUGAUGAUGAUAAUGAUGAAAUUAGGAUUAUUAAUGUGAAACCUUCCUCCUCUACGUUUUCACUUUCGACUAGAAAGAGGAGAAAGCCCUUUAGUGGUCCUUCAGUUAGUGAAAUUGGUGAAUCUUCUGGGUCAAAAUUCGAGGGAAAUGAUGAAAUGGUGUCUGAAAUUGAUGAUCCCAUUGAAAUGACGUUUCUUUGUGAAAUAUGUGCUGAUUCUAAGCCCCAAAAGGAGGCUUUUAGUAUAAAGGGUUGCUCUCACUCAUAUUGCUCUGAUUGUAUGAAAACUUAUGUUGCUUCGAAGCUCCAAGAUGGAGUUUCUUUGAUUAAUUGCCCGGCUCCUAGUUGCUCUGGUGUGUUAGAGCCGGAAUAUUGCAGGGAGAUUCUCCCAUUUGAGGUUUUUGUUCGUUGGGGAAAUCUUUUGUGUGAGUCGGUCAUACUGGCCUCGCAGAAGUUCUAUUGCCCGUUUAAAGAUUGUUCGGCAUUGUUGGUUGAUGAUGGGAGUGAGAAGGUAACAAUGUCUGAAUGCCCAAGUUGCUUUAGAAUGUUUUGCGCGCAGUGUAGGGUUGGGUGGCAUGCAGGGAUUGAGUGUGCUGAGUAUCAGUCUCUGAGUAAGGAUGAGAGAGACAAGGAUGAUAUCAUGUUGAGGAAACUUGCUAAGAGUAAGAAUUGGCAAAGGUGUCCAAAGUGCAAGUACUAUGUAGAGAAGUCAGAGGGUUGUCUCUAUAUGAAAUGCAGGUGUGGAGUUGCUUUUUGUUACAACUGUGGAUCCAUCAAUACAGACCAUAGAUACCACAACUGUAAAAAAUGCGGGCGUUAAUCUUCAGGAUUCAGUGGUUCCAUUUUGAGAGUUGAAGAGUUGCAUGUAAAAAAGCAGAUGUGGACUUCCUACCAGUUCUGUUUGGAUUUGGCGUCUUUGCCAAAGGAUUUCAAAGAAGGUUGUAAGUUUAUGUUCGGAUUUAGGAUAUCUAGAAACAUGAUCCAAUUUUGUAACUAUUUAAUGGUUCUUAGAAAGUUGAUCCUCUGUAAAAGAAAAGAACUUGCUGUGAGUUUCUGGGUUAGAUCAUCUGUUGAUCUCCCAUUAUUGACCAAAUUAACAAGGUUGAUUCAGGAGUUCCGUUCGUUCA